GGGCACGGCUCUUUAAGUAUCUUUUUGAAAUGCUCUUCCAAAAACGCAGUUUCACUUUGCUUUGACUUCUCGUCGUCUCACCGCCUUCCUCCAUCAUCCAUCAUCCAUCGGCAUUUUAUGGGAAGCCAUCAAGCAAUACCACUCUCACUCUUAUUAUUCUACAGCAAUUAAUCCAUUGCUAAGGCAAUCUCUCUCUCUCUCUCCAUAUCCUUCUUUUAAGAAACUACAAUCACCAUGUUGGCUCUGAGACAGGCUUCCACGUUGCGACCACUCGCCGGUCAGUUAACUACUCGCAGUAAUAGUCGUCUCAAAAUACUACCCAAGAGAUUCUCCUCCACCAAGACUGCUACUAAUAAUAAUGCCCAAGGAGAAAAAGCCACCAAGAAGGGAUUUGUCGAGUGGUACGAAGGCCACUUGGAAUCUCGACCCGUCGUCACCAAGAUGCUCACGGGAUGUUGUCUCUGGGGAUUGGGAGAUAUCGUGGCACAAGUGGUCCCUCACAUGGCCAAUAGCGAACCCGACAAGAAACCCUUGGAGUACGAUUUUCCUCGCACUGGACGAGCCGUCCUCUUUGGAUUUGCCUUGCAUGCUCCAACAUCCCAUGUGCAUUUCAAUUUCCUGGAAUGGCUGACCCAUCGAGUGGGAGUCACCGGUUUGGGAAUUCCCGUCUUCAAGGCUUUUAUGGAGCAGUUUGUCUAUUGGGGUUGGAUUUCCAAUGCCAUGUACCUUGGUGCCAUGGGUGCCAUGCAAGGACAUUCCCCCGAAAAGAUUACCACGAAAAUCCACGAUUCCAUUUGGGGACUCAUGAAGGCACAAUGGGCAUUCUGGGUACCCGUACAGUUGCUCAACUUUCGAUUCAUUCCCGUACGGCAUCAGCUCAAUGUCGUCCUGGUCACCAGUAUCGUAUGGACGGCUCUCUUGAGUUUCUGGUAUCCUCCCGAAAAAGCUAUCAAGGCCGAGGAAGAAACAACAACGACAACUACCACCGCCAAAGCGGCAAAAGAGGAGUAAGGGUUGGUUGGAAUGGCGGUCAGAUCCAAAACAACAAUACACAAUCGAUUUUUGUUUUUUGAUGGAAUCGAAUCAGAGUUUGAGAGAGAGAGAGAGAGUUUGGCUCCUAGGGAUGGCAGCGUUUUGCUGCCAAGGAAAGCGUCAAGUCGCAUUUUUAGGUGCAAAAAGUUGCCUGUUUUUGUUUUGUUUUACGGCUCGGUUGCAUUGGUGUACGAUAACGUAAUUCAUAGUUGUUUGCAAAAACAU